AUGGCAUCCCAACCCUCACCCCGUCGCCUCCGCAUGGGCGUUGACGUCGGCGGCACCAACACCGACGGCGUCAUCCUCGACCCAUCCCUCGCUUCAUCCUCUCCAUCCAGAGGCAUCCUAGCCCACAUCAAGACCGCCACGACGCCCAACCCCAGUGCCGGCAUCAUGACCGCCAUCACCUCAAUGUUCACUCAACUCGAGGCCACCCACGCCGCCGACAUCCGUCCCGAGGACGCCAUUGCCAGCGUCACCAUCGGCACCACGCACUUCGUCAACGCCGUCAUCGAGCGGGACCCCUCCCGCCUUUCGCGGGUAGCCGUCCUCCGUCUUUCCGGUCCCUUUUCCAAGCACGUCCCGCCCUGUGUCGACUGGCCCGAUGACAUGCGCUCCUUAAUACUGGGGUGUCACGCGCGCGUCAAGGGCGGGUUGGAGGUAGAUGGGUCGUUGAUCAGCGAUAUUGACGAGUCCGAGAUCGUGGAGCAAUGCAAAGAGAUCCGCAAGCGCGGCGGGAUCAGAGCGGUGGUGAUUAACGGCGUGUUCAGUCCUAUUGAUACCGUCUACAAACAGGAAGAGAGGGCGGCGGAGAUUGUCAGGCGCGAACUGGGCGGGCAAGGAGAAGUGGAUGUGGUGUGCUCCAAGGAGGUGGCGAACUUGGGGUUUUUGGAACGAGAGAAUGCGGCAGUUUUGAAUGCGAGUAUACUGAGGUUUGCAAGACGGACGAUUAGGGAGUUUCGGCAGGCGGUGGGUCGGUUGGGGCUCAAGGGUGUGCCAGUGUUUAUUACGCAAAAUGAUGGGACGAUCUUGAAAGGAGAGAAGGCGGCGGAGUUGCCCAUCAAGACGUUCUCGAGCGGGCCGACGAAUAGUAUGAGGGGUGCCGCGUUCCUCGUGCAGGGUCAGAAGAAGGAUGGGAAGAAGGAGGGACAUGAACAGGGAGAGGCGAUGAUGGUGGUGGAUAUUGGUGGGACUACGACUGAUGUUGGGUUACUUUUGCCUAAUGGGUUUCCGAGACAGCAGGCUGCUUAUAGCGAGUUGGCGGGAGUAAGAAUGAACUUCUCAUGCCCUGACAUCAAAAGCAUCGGUCUCGGUGGCGGUUCCAUUGUCCGAAAGGGCAAAAACGGCAUCACCAUUGGGCCAGACAGUGUGGGCUAUAGGAUCGACAAGGAAGCCCUGCUCUUUGGUGGAAGCACGCUUACCACCACUGAUUGUACUGUGCUCACCAACCCGGACAUCACCAGCAUAGGCGACGCCAGUCUUGUCAAAGACGCACUGACCGAAGAAGAAACCCAGCAGUUCAAGGCCAUCGUCAAGACCAAGAUUGAAAAGAUGAUCGAUAACAUGAAGACGUCACCAGAGGACCUGCCAGCUAUUCUUGUCGGCGGUGGUGCAGUCAUUGCCCCAGAUGAGCUCCAGGGUGCAAGCAGGGUGCUCAAGCCCCGAUGGUCCGAGGUUGCGAAUGCGAUAGGAGCUGCCAUUGCUCGUGUCAGUGCUGUUGUGGACACAAUCAAGUCGACAGAGACCAAGACGGAGAAACAGUUCUUGGAGGAGAUCAAGACGGACGCGAUCGAGAGAACCAUUGCGGCUGGUGCUUCUCCGGAAUCUGUCGAGGUUGUUGAGGUUGAGAUGUUGCCUUUGCAGUAUGUCGAGAACAAAACUCGUUUCGUCGUCCGCGCAGCUGGCGACUUUGACUUCACUCGAUCAUAUAUGUCAAGCGAUGACGAUGGGCAAGCCUCAUCAGAGGAAGAGGCCUCGGGCGAAGACUUAUCUGAGCCACAAACAGUCACAGACACCAACCCAAAAGCAGCAACACCAUCCGAAGUCAAUGUCCUCACCUACACCCCCAAUGUCUUCAACCGCAUCUGGCACAUCUCCGAAACAGACCUUACCUUCAUCUCCACCGGCUGCUACAUCCUCGGCACUGGCGGCGGCGGCUCUCCCUACGCCUCCAUGAUUCUCCUCCGGCAGCUCCUCCGCUCCGGCGCCUCGGUACGGGUCGUCUCCCCUGCGGACGUGCCUGACUCGGCCGCCGUCGGCUGCGGCUGCGGCGCCGGCUCGCCGACGGUGAGCAUCGAGAAGCUGCAAGGCGACGAGAUGAUGCAAGCGCAAACGGAGCUCUACAAAGCUUUGCCCUCCUCCGAUCAAAAUCAAAAUAAAGCAACGCACAUGAUCGCCCUCGAAAUCGGCGGCGGCAACGGACUCCAAGGUAUGACGCUCGGCGCCAGCUCCAACAUGGACAUCCCCUGCGUCGACGGCGACUGGAUGGGGCGCGCGUACCCGACCAAGUGGCAGACGACACCAGUAGUCUUUAACGAGCGGUCGCCCAUCUGGAGCCCCAUCGCCGUCGCGGACGGAAAUGGGAACGUGCUUGUGAUGCCCAAAGCGGCGUCGGAUGCUGCCGUCGAGAACAUCAUUCGCGCGGCGCUAAGCCAGAUGGGCAGCCAGGUGGGCGCCGCCGACCCGCCGGUUACGGGCGCGGAGAUGAAGAGGUGGGUGGUGGAGAAUACGGUGUCGCAGGCGUGGAGGCUGGGGAGGGCGGUGGCGAGGGCGAGGGCGAUGAACCGGUUGGACGAGGUGGCAGAGACGAUUGUGGAGGAGUGUGGUGGGGGGCAGAAGGGGGCGGCAAAGGUGUUGUUCAAGGGAAAGAUUGUGGGUGUUAGGAGGACGCUGAGGAUGGGACAUGUUUAUGGGGAGUGUAUUAUUGAGGGGACGGAUGUCACGGAUGAUACUACAAUAAAUGAUGGGAGAAGAACAGGGGGUCGACGUGGAGGUCAAGGUGUUGAUGGGGAGGAGAAGGAGGAUUUCACUGGCAAGAGGAUCAAAAUCCCGUUCAAGAACGAGAACAUUGCUGCUAUCCGUAUACCCGCAGAGGAUGGUUCUGACGACAAGAACAAGAAGUUGGAGAAGCAGGAGGAUGUACUGGCGAUUGUGCCGGAUCUGAUCUCGGUCAUCGAUGCUCAAAGCGGUGAGGCCGUGGGCACUCCGGAGUAUCGGUAUGGCUUGCUAGUCAUUGUUAUCGGAAUCGCCGCUUCAGACAAGUGGACGGGGUCACAGAGAGGCAUCGAUCUUGGUGGUCCCAAAGCGUUUGGCUUUGACCAUCUGAAGUACGAACCGUUGGGCAGGUUCGUGAAGCCGGUUAGUGUUAUUGAUGAGUUUGAUAGGUCGAUCGAGUAA